GUCCCGCACAUCAGAGCCGCCUGUCCCGACGUAAGGACGCUGUUCUGCUCCUCUCCUCUCCGGAGCAACAGCAAUCUGCCCCGGGGGAGAGGAACGAGGACCCGGUAUGCAGCCUGCAGACACACCGCUGAAGGAUGUGAUUUUUUUAUUUUCUAUUUUUUUUGCUGAGAACUUUUAAUGAUUCUUUAAGAAGAUGCAGGUUUUCCUGAAUGAUCAGUUAAAGUCAGCAGAGGAAGCGCGUCAGCAACCCAUCAACUGGAAUUAGGAAUAUAAACACAGAAACUUUCUGUAACCGAGAUUCUCUGGAAAACUUUUUAUUUAUUUCUUUUUUUGGAGAUGGAGCCCGAGGAGGGGAAAGUCUCGGUAUGGGUCUGCCGAGAGGAGAAGCUGGUCUCCGGGCUGACUAAACGAACCACCUGUGCCGACGUUGUGAGGGUUCUGCUGGAGGACCAGAACCUGCAGCAGGGCGCCGCAGCCGCGAUGCUGUCCGGCUCUCCGCAGUCCUACUGCGUGGUGGAGAAGUGGAGGGGCUUCGAGAGGAUUUUGCCCAACAAGACCAAGAUCCUGCGGCUGUGGAGCGCCUGGGGAGACGAGCAGGAGAAUGUCCGGUUCGUCCUUGUGAAGAGCGAAGCUUCGCUACCCAACAACGGGCCCCGCAGCGCCGAGGCGCGGGUCGUCCCGAGCCGGGAGAGCGGCGGCCCGGGUGGGCUGCUCAAGGGCACCGCCAAGAGCUGCUGGGUCGCCGCGGCGGCUGCUGCCAACAUGUCCCAAGAGAAGCAGAGGCGCAUCGUCCGGAAGGCCUUCAGGAAGUUGGAUAAAAUGAACAGAAAGAAAGAACAGACAGUACCUAAGGAUAAAAGUUCAGUGGAGAAGAUGGAGACCCUGGUCCACUUGGUGAUCUCGCAGGAUCACACCAUCCGGCAGCAGAUCCAGAGAAUCAAGGAGCUGGACCGGGAGAUCGAGCGGUACGAGGCCAAAGUGCACUUCGACCGCAUCAAGAGACACGGGGCGAACUAUGUGCAGGACACGUACAUGGUGGAGUCCUCCGUGGAGAGCCCCGCUCCAUCCGCGGACGGGAAGCGCAAAGCGGAGCGCCAGGACGUGCGCUGCACGGCGGAGGCGCUGGCGCAGUUCGAGGAGUACGCGCGCCGCUGCGAGGAGGUGGUGCGACUGCAGGAGGAGGUGACGGAGCGGGAGGCGCUGGUGGAGAGCAUCACCGGGGAGAUCCAGGAGGAGCUGAACCGGCGCUGGAUGAGGCGGCGGCGGGACGAGGGAGCGUCGGAAGAUGCGCAGGACACCGACAGCGCCGCGGAGGAGAUGAGCCUCUGCGAGCCCGCGGAUCCAGCCGUGGAGCCAGACGUGGAGAGCCUGUCAGAGAACGAGCUCCUGCUGGAGGAGGAGAGGAUAAAAACCCAACUGGACACGAGUCUGUACAUCGGCCUGAGGCUCAAGACGGACCUGGACGCCAUCAGAGGGGACUUGGACCUGAGUCUGGCACUCUGGGAAACCAAAGAGAGCGAACUGUUGGACCUGCUUGGCAAAGUUGAGACCAUGGAGCUGGAGCAGGCGAACAAACAAUUGACUGACGACGAAAAGGAAGAACUGCCUGUGAGCAGUGGAGAGGCUGACCCGGGGUCAGUGGAACAGAGCACGGGUUGGGUGGAGCAGGCCAGAGGUCUGUCAAAAGCCUGCAGCAUUAAUGAUGAGGAUUCGGACACGGGCCUGAGCUCAAUGCACAGCCAGGACUCCGACAACCCUCCCGUGUGUGAAUCACUGGUGUAAUGCAUCUUUGUGUCGCAGCAUCUUAGGCUUUUUAUGCAGUUCAGUGAGACAAACUCAGUGGCAUCGAGAGAAAUCAGCCUUGGCUUCCUGA